UCGCCUGUUCUCGCCUAAAUUUCAGGCGAGGCGCAUCUCAAACGAGCCCAAUGUCACGCUGACCAAAGGCAGAUUAACUUGUGACGUAGUCAGAACGUACCAUGUUUGCUGGGUAAUCACAUGCACGCGAUCGCCAUCCCUCUCAUUAUCAUCUCCGUGGUCCUUUCUGAUUGUCAAGAUACUGAGAGGGCCAGUGGGGAGAGUAGUCAUCUCCCGAGGAAACGCUGCACAGAUACUACACUGACCAAAACGUAACGUUACGGUCAUGUGAAAGAGAUUGAAGAAAGGAAAUGUUUGUUUUUGUGCGUUAAAUUAAGUCAUUUGGAGUUGUGAUGGAUUAACUUGUCAGGAGACGUCAAGGACUUUUUCUCGAUUUUCUCUGUAUGAAUAACUAGCGAAGGGUACAAAUACGCGUUUUUGCUGUCUUUUUAAUCUGCAACCAAUAUCAUAGUGAAGAGGCAAUUGCCAUAGGUUUAUUAAAGCCUUUGUAAUUUUAUCCCCAGACCUUUGGCUGUCAAUGGUAUGAUUAAAUUGAUUAACAGUUUUAAAAUAGUGUUUAUUAACCAUACGUUUAAUACAAAUGAUGAACACGAGAUGCGUUGUUUGUUUGCUCAUUCUCCUGUCUGGAAACCUCGUCUUAAUAAGUGCUCAAGGGAAGAAUUUUUCUCAGAGGCAAUUUUCCACUGGACCCGUGUCUCCAACUCUCAAAUCUGCACUUGGAAAAGGCAAUGUGUUCAAUGAUUCCAUGCCUCGACGACCAAGAGUUUUGCCGCCUAUGUGCACAGGUCCCACGGAAAUCAGGGAUACUUUCAAGUAUAUUAACACCGUGGUUUCAUGCCUUGUAUUUGUAGUUGGUAUAAUUGGAAACUUCACGCUGCUCAGAAUCAUUUAUAAAAAUAAAUGCAUGCGUAACGGUCCUAAUAUCCUCAUUGCAAGUCUGGCGCUCGGGGACCUGUUGCAUAUCAUUAUAGACAUACCCAUCAACGUGUAUAAGCUUCUGGCAGAAGAUUGGCCAUUUGGUGUUGGACUUUGCAAACUGGUUCCUUUUAUACAAAAGGCUUCAGUUGGCAUCACAGUUCUGAGUUUGUGUGCACUGAGCAUAGACAGGUUUCGAGCAGUGGCAUCAUGGAACCGCAUCAAAGGCAUCGGCGUCCCCAAAUGGACAGCUAUUGAAAUCAUUCUGAUAUGGAUGCUGUCCAUAAUACUUGCAGUGCCAGAGGCCAUCGCUUUUGAUAUGAUCACAAUGGAUUACAAAGGAGAGCUGCUUAGGAUUUGCUUGCUCCACCCUAUGCAGAAAAACAAGUUCAUGCAGUUUUAUAAGUCAGCCAAAGAUUGGUGGCUUUUCAGUUUCUACUUCUGCAUGCCGCUGACGUGUACUGCCAUCUUCUAUACUCUUAUGACCUGUGAAAUGCUUCGAAAGAAGAAUGGAGUCCAAAUUGCACUUAAUGAUCACUUAAAACAGAGGCGUGAGGUGGCUAAAACCGUGUUCUGUCUGGUGCUAGUCUUUGCACUGUGCUGGCUUCCACUGCACCUCAGCCGUAUUCUUAAGCUUACCAUUUAUGAUGAAAGAGACCCUAACCGCUGUGAGCUUUUGAGUUUCUUCCUGGUUCUUGAUUAUAUCGGGAUCAACAUGGCAUCAGUGAACUCAUGCAUAAACCCAAUCGCUUUGUACAUGGUUAGCAAACGCUUCAAGAGCUGCUUCAGAUCAUGUCUAUGUUGCUGGUGCCUGCCUCCUGAAAUGUUAGUCAUGGAUGACAAGCAGUCCUGCAUGAAGCUGAAGGUGACAGAGCGAGGAUCUGAACAAAGCAAUAGCCGUGCCUCCAACAAAUACACUUCAACUUAGGCACUGAUCUGCAUACAGGUAUCGGUGGCCUACCAAUUGCAUUUAACAUUUAGGCCUAGCUAAUACCAUUAAACUUAACUCUGAGUCAGCUUGUGGGAUACUCAUAAUAAGUGAAUAUGAUGCUACAGCAUGAAAGGUAAAUCUAACUUUGUGCUAGAAAAGGUACAAAGAAAGGUAUGUAUCUUUAAGUCCCAGUUUUUACAUUUAAUCCUGACUGGCAUUUUUUUAUAUGUAGUGUUAGGAACUGCUUUAAGUUUGAUUUAACAUUGACAUCCUACAGUGACCAAGAGAGCUCAAAGCGCUGCAACUGAUGAAAACACAUGCAAAUAGAAAAAAAACACCAGCAGAUUAAUAAAACAUCAUCAGUUUGACGACACACGUGCUGCAAAUACUCACAACACAACCGAAUACAGAAAUGUGCUGCAAAUAGCACAGACCACAACAGAAAUGUUUUAAGGAAACCCCCAACAAGUGACAAACCUGGCUGGGACAUGCUUAUUGUUCAAUAUCUACUCGUCAGUGGUGUUUUUGAUGACCUGGGCUGGGUUUCCCGAUAACGUUGUCUCUUAGCGCGCUACGAAGACUCUAAAGAUAUACCUUAACUGAAGAUGUACCGUUUCUAGGCGUGUUCCCCGAACUAUACCUUAUGAGGUUGCUUAAGGUAUAUCUUCUUAAGUGCGAUGUUACCAGGUGCUGUCCAUGGCGUUGGUGCUGAAUUGGUUGAUAUCGAUGGCUCGAGAGUCGAUAAUUCACUCUAUACAGGGGCUGCUUCACUGCAUUAUGUGAGAAAUCAGUGUUCUUUAUAAAAAGAAGCACUUCAGAAGUAAAAAUUGCAUUUAUCAGGACUCAUGGUGUCACGAUCAUUGCCCGUUCCUGUUCACUCCGGACUCCAUUUCCCAUAAUCCUCCCUAUCAAUCACAUGCACUCACUCCACCAAUCACCUGUUGCCACAUACAGCCAUGCACACUCCACACUAAUCACCACACCCAGCUGAUACUCAUUACCAGGACUAUAAAGGACUCACACACACACCACCUCACCGCGAAGUCUUGUUUCCCCAGUGUACAAUUCCGAGCGUUUAUAUCUUGUCUGCCUUUCUGUUACCGUUGCUGCCUAUUCCUGUUUCUUGAUCCGUUGCUGCCUGUCCUGACCCUUGCCUGGUAUACCGUUCUGUGUAUGAUAUCCGCCUGCCUCGAUCUACUGCCUGUACCCUUACUACGAUUCUGCCUGUUCCUUACUGUUCCUGUUUGUUCCUGUUUUGACCCUGCCUGUACGACCACUCUACUUUAAUAAAAUGCUGCAUAUGGAUCCCUGCCUGAGUCUCCAGUCGUUACACAUGGGAUGUUAUAAAAGUAAUCCAAAUUGCAAACAAAAUCUAUAUUGUAAUUUAUCUAUAUUCUGGGGGCGCGGAGCCCCCAUCAGCGUGAGUUUAAGGCGACCGUUAUUUAGAUCAAAUUUUUAAUUCCUUGGAGAUGCGUCAUGCAGCUGACAGACAUGUGGUAUCGCGUAUAUAUCGUGUUUUUUUUUUGUUUUUUUUUAAUAUUCACAAACUUGUUAACUAUAUCAUGAAUUUUAUGAUAUAUUCUGAUUGUAAAAUAUGUGGAAGUGAAUGUGUUUUGUUGCGUUGCGCGAUGAGUUUGCACGGCAGUUAGUGCUGUCGGAUAUACGAAAUCUUCCCCGAAAUACAUAAAAGUAUGUGGCCGGUGAACUGGGAGAAAAAUAUAGUAAACUGUAUUGUUUCAUAAACAAUGUGUAUCUGAUAUGAAUAAAACAGUUCGUCCAAUUAUAAUCGAAAGGGUUAUUGUUGCAGCUUCCGUAGACAUCAGUGUAAUUUGAAUUUAAACUAUACAUGUCUUUUUUUUUAUGCAGUAGCCUACUUAAUUCAAAUGUGUAUUUAAAUGUCUGAAACCUAAAAUAAAGCGUGAUGAGGUUAAAAACACAGAAUAGUUGUGAUAACGUUACAUGACAAGCGCAGAGCGCGCGUCUGUCUCUGGUUCAGUGCCAAAGCACAUUUGAAUUUGGCAGUGAAUUGUUUUGCAUUUUAUUCUUUGCCAUAAUCCUAAUCGAACACUGGGUGUAUUACAGCUUCAGAAUUAUAUUCGUAUUGACUGUCAACAGUGAUAAGGUAUAGCUAAGAGUGCUCCAGACCAACCUUACGAAAGUAUGACAGAAGGUAUACUUAACUAAGAAAGUUUCGGGAAACACGUAUUAACAUUAAGGGGUAGCCUACAGCUUAAGGUAUAAUUUAAGAACGACGUAGAGUUAAGAAGGUUUCGGGAAACUCAGCCCUGAUGAGUUUUUUUUAUUAUUAUUAUUAUUUUUUUUAUUUUAACAUUCUGAUCGUAUGUGUGUUGUGAGUAUUUGUUGCGCAUUUUUGUAUUUGAAAACAUUGUGCGUAUUUGCAGCACGUGUUGUCAAACUAAUGAUGUUUUCUUAAUUUGCUGGUGUUUUUCUAUUUGCAUGUGUUUUCUUCAAAGUUUAAGAUGCCGUGGGGAAAAAAAAGUCAAAUUCAUCCGACUGAUUUAACACUGAUUCAAUAUCUCAGCAUUGACACUGUCACGCUAUCUGAACAACACUGUGCAAGUUUUUCCCAACCUUCAUAUAUUCAUGCUUCACGGAAAUAUUAAACCAAAUUUGAAUGUGACUUCACAUGCUCUCUGUAGUUCCCUGUACAUUUAAUGAUUUUCCAAAUGUCAUAAAGCAAUUGAUUGUAAGAACAAUGGUGGGUUUGUUUGUGGUGUAUGUAUUUAAAGAAUUGCCUUACAGACAUUUUCAUGCCAUUUAAUGAACUCUAAUACAGAAGAGGGUAACACUUUAGAAUACUAGUAACUUUAGUAACUACUAUUUUUUUCAUACCUCCCAGAGAACUA